UAAAAUAAGAUAAAAACAGAGGGAGAGGCAAACCAUAAGAGACUCUUAAAGAUUUUAUUUUUUUUUAUUUAUUCAUGAGAGACAGAGGCAGAGGGAGAAGCAGGCUCCCCGCGGAGCAGGGAGCCCGAUGUGGGACUCGAUCCCAGGACCCUGGGACCAUGACCUGAGCCGAAGGCAGACGCUUAACCGACUGAGCCACCCAGGCGUCCCCGUAAGAGACUCUUAAAUACAGAGAACAAACUGAAGGUUGCUGGUGGGCAGAAUAUGGGUUUUGUCACAAGAAGAUGGUUCUACCUACCACUGGGCUGCAUGAUGCUAAUCAACCUGAUUAAUGCUGAUUUUGAAUUUCAAAAGGGGGUGCUUGCUAGCAUCAGCCCAGGCAUCACAGAAGAUACUGAUUUCCAGUGUUGGAAUGCUUGCUCUUUGACCAUGAUAGAUCUCAAGGAACUCAAGAUACAGCACAAUGUGGAUGUUUUCUGGAAUUUCAUGUUGUUCUUGAAAAAAUCCCAGCGGCCUAGACAUUACAAUGUCUUCUUAAGUAUAGCUCAGGAUUUCUGGGACAUGUAUGUAGACUGCUUGCUUUCACGAUCUCAUGGAAUGGGCAGAAGACAGGUGAUGCCUCCCAAGUAUGAUUUUCCACAGAAGAUAACAGGAGGUAAUUUAAAUGUGUACUUAAGAGAACAGCAGUUUAGUGUUCUUAAAAAUUAA